GUUCUAAGACCUGUAUUUAAAAUUCAGGAAAAUUUGGCAAAAUAUUUGGUAUCAUCCUAUUUUUGUAUCGUAUUGAAAUAAAUUCUAUUAUUAUGCACUAACUAAUUUGUUAUACUUGUAUAGGUUUUAAAAACUUUAAAACAAUAAAAAAAAAACAAGACGAAAUACCUAGUGCCAUAUGCUGCCAUAAAUCUCACCAAAAUGCCAAGUUCAUACAGGACAGUAUAUGCUUUUGCAAGAGAAAUGCACCCCAAGACUGUUAAAAGAGAUAUACAAUAUGGGACAGCCGGAUUUCGAGACAAAGCUUCCAAUUUAGGCUAUGUUAUGUACAGAAUGGGAUUAUUGUCUGUUCUUCGUGCAAGAUAUAAGAAAGGAAUAAUUGGUGUUAUGAUAACAGCCUCUCAUAACCCUGAAGGUGAUAAUGGUGUGAAAUUAAUUGAUCCACAUGGAGAGAUGAUGGAACAGAGUUGGGAAGAAUGGGCCACCAAGUUUGCAAAUGUGCAGGAUGAUGAACUGGAAGCAAUUAUAAACGAAAUAGUUGAUAAAUUCAACAUUCCAAUGACUGACAGAAGUGUUAUUUAUAUAGGAAAAGACACAAGACCAAGCAGUCCUAGUUUAGCAAAAUCUCUUAUGGAUGGCAUUUUGGCACUGUCAGGAAAGCCUGUGGACUUCGGUAUUGUUACAACACCUCAGCUACAUUAUAUUGUAGCUUGUAGAAACUCUCAUGAAGAAUAUGGCACAGCCACAGAAGAGGGGUACUACAAGAAACUAGUGACUGCUUUCAAGAAACUCAGGGGCGAAAACUGUGAAAAUGGGAAUUACGUCAAUCGAUUAUUUUACGACGGUGCAAAUGGAGUAGGUGCUAAAAAGAUAAAAUUCUUCCAAGAAAGGCUGAAAGAUUGUAUGAAUAUUGAACUCUACAAUGAUGCAGGUAUUGGAACUGGUAAACUAAAUUAUUUGUGUGGAGCAGACUAUGUAAAAACCAAUCAGGCAUAUCCAACAGGUUUACCAAUUGAUCCAAACGUAAGAUGUGCAUCUGUGGAUGGAGAUGCAGACAGAAUUGUGUACUAUUUCAACGACGAAAAUGGCAAAUUUCACUUAUUUGACGGAGAUAGAAUUGCAACACUUAUAGCGAGUUAUCUUAAAGAAUGGGUGGAAAAGAGUGGAGUUGAUUUAAAUUUAGGCUUAGUACAAACAGCAUAUGCCAACGGUGCCUCCACUGAAUAUAUUAAAAAACAAUUGUCUGUACCUGUUGCGUGUGUCUCAACUGGUGUGAAACACUUACAUCACAAAGCUCUUGAGUUUGAUAUUGGUAUCUAUUUCGAGGCCAAUGGACAUGGAACUGUUGUCUUCAGUAAGAAUGCCAAAGAUAAACUACGUUCAGUCGCUAAGGAUCCAGAAACUGGCGAGAAACAAAAAUAUGCUGUAGAAAAGUUAUUGGCUUUCAUUGAUGUCAUAAAUGAGACUGUAGGAGAUGCUAUUGCUGAUUUAUUGGCUGUUGAAACCAUAUUAUGUGACAGAGGAUGGGACUUAAAAGACUGGGAAAAUUCUUACACCGAUCUACCAAACAAACUUAUGAAAGUUACAGUAAAAGACAGAAACGUUAUAUCUACCUCUGACGCCGAAAGGAAAUGUGUUACUCCUGUAGGCCUUCAAGAUGAAAUUGACAAAUUAGUAUCUAAAUAUCAAAAAGCCAGAUCUUUCGUGAGAUCUUCUGGAACUGAGGACAUCGUAAGGGUUUAUGCAGAGGCUGCCACCCAGGAACAAGUUAACAAACUUACUGCCGAAGUAGCCAGAGCAGUAUACAAUCUUGCUGGAGGAAUUGGAGAAGCACCCAUUGUCCCAGAGUGAAAAGUACUAAAUUGUACUUUAAAGCGAUCUUUCAUAAAAGGCGAAAGAAUAAGAUUUUAGUAGGCUUCAUAAACAUUUUUAUUUAAUAUGUAUCGCAUAAAUACGCGUUUCAGUACAUUAAAACUAUACAAACUAAUUUUCAAGAACAAUAUUAAGUAGUUUUUUGGUCAAAUUUACUUCUUAAGAAACCUCUUACAGGCUAAGUAUUAAGGUGCAAUAAUUUUAAAUAGCAAUCUUUAUAAUCAAACAAUUCCAUAUCAUACAAAGACAAUUUUUUUGUGUGAACUCAUUGCUUAGCGUUUUUAAGUACCUAUGUAACUCCUAAAUAAUAAUUUAUUGCUUCUAGAGACUUAGAAAGCAUUUUUCGAUAAUUAUCUAGUGUCAUUGUGAUCUAAAGUCUAGACAGUCACAAAUAGACUGAAGUCAACAGCUGACGAUUGGAAAUGAAAGGAGUAAAAAGGCAUUUUACAUUAAUAGUUAUACUUAUAUUAGCUAAUCCUUUAUUCUUUUGCAUAAAAUAAAAAAUAUAGUUAA